AUGUGAUGUCCUCAGGAGUAGUCCCACAGAUAUCAUUAAUAAUGGGACCUUGUGCAGGUGGUGCAGUAUAUUCUCCUGCUAUUACUGAUUUCACAUUCAUGGUUAAGGAUACCUCGUACAUGUUUGUUACUGGCCCCAAAGUAGUUGAAGAAGUGACUAACGAGGUUGUUUCGGAUCAAGAACUGGGCGGGGCUUUGACACACACUAAGAAAUCUGGUGUGGCUCACGGAGCAUUUGAGAAUGACAUUGAUGCACUAUCACAGUUGAGAGAGUUGAUAGAUUACCUUCCAUUAAGCAAUAAAGAUCCAGUACCGAUUAGACACACUGGCGAUAAAAUUGAUCGUGAUCUCACUGCUCUCAAUUACAUCAUUCCUCCUUCCUCUGACACUCCUUAUGAUAUGUCUGACAUCAUCAAAGCUGUUGUAGACGAGGAAGAGUUCUUCCAAAUAAUGCCCGACUACGCUAGGAAUAUAAUUGUGGGAUUUGCCAGGUUGAACGGACAGACAGUGGGUGUGGUUGCUAACCAGCCCAAUCAAAAAGCAGGUUGUUUGGAUAUUAAUGCAUCAGUUAAAGGUGCUCGUUUUGUUAGGUUCUGUGAUGCUUUUUGUAUUCCACUGAUAACCUUCGUUGAUGUACCGGGAUUCCUACCAG